AUGGGAGAUUUAGAAGCACAACGAGAUGAGCUGGAAAUUCUGGAGUCCAUAUUUGGGGAUCUCAUCGCUUUUGAAUCCGAGAACAAAAUACGAAUCAGUUUCGAUGAUGACGUAAGACUAUCAGUGAAACUCCCAGAAAACUACCCUUCGAAGGAGCCGCCAUUGUACGAGUUGAGCGGACCUUCAUUGACAAGGAAUGAUCGUUAUCAAUUAGAAAGUGCAUUAAACGAGACAUAUCUCGAAAAUUUGGGAUGCCCCAUUAUCUAUGCGUGGAUAACAGUAAUAAAGGAAUUCCUCGAGAAUGCACGAGCAAAAAGUACGAUCGUUGAAGAUGAAAGACAGGAUGAAGUCUCGGAACAACUUGUGCUGUCUCUUGCUACUCCUAUCGAAGACGUUCCAACUAUUUACCAUGGUGAAGUGCUUACAGAUCGUAAAAGUCAUUUUCAAGCUCAUCUCGCCAGAGUCAACAGUAAGGAGGAGGUUAAGCUGGUCCUUGACCGUUUGCUAGAAAAUUCGAAGAUUAGUCGUGCAACUCACAAUAUGUAUGCUUAUCGGAUCACUGAGGUUCGAAAUGGACGUGAGAUAAGAUUGCACGACUGCUUUGACGAUGGAGAAACUGGAGCAAGCUCGAAAAUGCUAGAACUUUUGGAGAAAAUGAAUGCCACCAAUGUUUUGGUGAUUGUUUCGCGCUGGUAUGGAGGCAUUCAUCUAGGCCCCGAUCGUUUUCGCCAUAUCAACAAUCUUACGCGUGAAAUAGUAGCAAUGCAUGGCCUGGAUUCACGAUCAUCAACCUCGUAG